GUGGCAACGCAGCAGACCGACGGGGCCGCCGUCGACCGCCUGGCGUCGCUCGAGGUCGAGGCGGGGCAUCUGGGGGCCGACCAGACGGCGCGGCGGCGGCUUGCCACCUGCGCGGAUGCCGACAGGGCUUCCUCGGAGGGUCCUGGCGCUGCCGUUGCCGCGGGCGGUUGCGUCAGCCUGUCGGGAUCGAAGCAACGCGGCGCGGUCACGGUCGCCAGCGGCAACACGGGCUGGCUCGUCUACGCGGCGCGCUUCUGCCACGCGCUGAGACUCCGCGGGAACGGCAGCUUCCUGCGCGGCUGGCGGAGAGAGCUGGACCCGGACGGCGCGAUGGAGUUCCGCUUCAGGAAGUUCAUCGAGGCAGCCGAGCGGUUCGGCCUCCCUGGAGACCCCGG